CGAAGUUUUGCCACAAAUUAGUAAACGCCGAUUGCCAUAUCAUAUUCCAAAAACUGGUUAAACAAGUUUACCUAACAGAGGGUUCUCGAUGUCACCAGCCAUGACCAGCCGGCCGGUGAUGCUCUUUCUUCUCGUUAUCACCGUCGCUUCCAUAACUUCCGGUGUCCAAGCAUCAAGAUCCAUCGUGUUCUUGCCCCAGCCUUUGUCAUCCCUCGAUAUAAUCAACACCACUCUGCACCAGGGACAAAAUGCACGCUGUUCAUUUACGGUAAGCAUAAGGACAAGCUGCUCUUCUCCAGCUUACACUAGAGACCAAAUUAGUUUAGCCUUUGGCGAUGCUUAUGGAAAUCAGGUUUAUGCACCGCGGAUAGAUGACCCGGCAAGCAGGGCUUUUGAGCGGUGUUCGAAGGAUACAUAUACGGUAUACGGUCCAUGUACGUAUCAGAUCUGUUAUGCGUACCUGUACAGGAGCGGAUACGAUGGAUGGAUACCGUAUGAUGUUACCAUCUACGGCUACAACUCGAAAGCCGUCACCUUCAUCUACAAUGUUGCCAUCCCGGGAAACACUUGGUACGGCCACAAUUACUGCCGUUCACGGGCUGUGAAAUCUGCCGGAAACUUGGGCUGGAGUUUGCUUUCUGUUGGUUCCACUAUGUUGUAUACAAUUGCUGGGCUAUUUCGUGGUUAGAGUUUAUGGGCCUUUUGGUUGUUUUGUCUGAAUUGGGCCUUGCGUUGAAAGCCUGCCUAGUUUUAUGGGAUUUGUAGGUUGGCUUGACCAAUUUCUUUUUGGGUUAUUCACGUGUUGUUUUAAUAAAUAAAUGAAGUGAAUGCUAAUGCCACUUGCACUUA